AUGGCGGCGGCGGCGGCGGCGGCCCAGCAGCAGGUAGGGGCGGCCGGCUUUCUUCUGCUCUUCCCAGAAGAGCCGCGGGAGGCAGCACGCAAGACGCGGACCAAGGACAAGUACCGGGUGGUGUACAGCGACCACCAGCGCCUGGAGCUGGAGAAGGAGUUCCACUACAGCCGCUACAUCACCAUCCGCCGCAAGGCCGAGCUGGCGGCCAACCUGGGGCUCUCCGAGAGGCAGGUGAAGAUCUGGUUCCAGAACCGGCGCGCCAAGGAGCGCAAGCAGGUGAAGAAGCGCGAGGAGCUGCUGCACAAGGAGAAGAUGGAGGCGGUGCAGCAGCUGCACGCGGCGCAGCAGCAGCCGCCCCCGCAGCCGCCCCCGCAGCAGCCGCCGCCGCAGCAGCAGCAGCCGGUGCAGGUGCAGGUGCAGGUGCCGCCCCCGCACUGCCACGCGCACGCCCACGCGCUGGCGCCCGUCAUGUGA